CUAAGACAAAAAUACAUGGCUAAUGUACAUAUAUUACGAGAUAUCAACUCACCAAAAGGAUAUCGACUUGGGAGUACUAGGGAAUUGGAACUUGAAGAAGCUUUACAUGAUAGUUGUAUAACCAAUUCUGAACUUAUUGAGGAUUUUAAAAAUUACCAGAAGGUAUAUUCAGAAUUUAGUAAAAAUAUUAAACAGGAUAAAGCGCAAUUACAACUUGAUCUAAAUCAAACCAAUAAAGAUAAAGAGAAACUUUUUAAGCAUAGUUGUCAACUUUUUAAUAAAGUUAAACGACUGAGAGUGGACAAUACUAACCUUACAUCCCAGAUUACCCGAUCACAGAUUUCCACUCUUUCAGGAUCGUCUAUAGAUAAUAAAUCAGGAUUUUCGGAUUUACACGAGUUAAAGUAUGGUCUAAGUGCGGUUGAAGUGUGGUUGUGGGAAAUAUACUUAUGUGUCAUAGACACUAGCUCCGCUAUAAAACAAAGCAAAAAAAAUCUAUCGAACCUAAACAUCGAAAAAUGGUUGAAUGGACAGAUGCUCAAAUCCGUAUACUUAUCGAUGAGCGUAGAAACAGAAAUGAUGAAUAUCAUAAUCUUGGAAGGAAUCGAAUCAGAUUUUGGGAUAGCAUUGCAAUCAGAAUUAAUCAAGAGCUUAAUACAAGCUUUAACGGGUACCAAUUUAAUGUGUGAUUAUAUGGCAGGGAAUCGAAGGGCACGAAGAAGUCGAACGGGAGCGCAAUAUUUUGAUGAAUUCCGCACACAUUUUUGGGAGAGACCUGAAGAUGAUUUCGAUAGAAUCCGCAACAUUAAUAGUUCUAAUCGUAGACAACGUAGAAUUGGGGGGAAUAAUACACCCGCACCAACUACUGGAGAAGUUGAAUGGGAAUUAAGCAAUAGAUCUUCUGUUGGACGAGUAAACCGUAGCUCUUCUGUUAUUAGUAGAAGGAGUCGAAGACAAUUACCCUAUCCAUCUUCAACCUAUGAUAAUAACACUAAUAUAAACAAUCCUGAGCAAAAUAUUAACGUUCGCCCACCUCCGAUUGAAACAUUGUCUCCUUAA